CUAUUAAGUACGUCUAAGGAGACUGAGAAUUGGCCCAAACGCCGUCGUUUCUAACUUUACACACUCUGUAGCUCGUGUAGUCAAAAUUAAAUCACCAAGCAAAAAUCGGCCGAUUCCUCGCUAUCAAUCCCGAUGGCUCGACAAGCCACGGCUGUCCGAUCGUCCGGCGGCGUACGAAAGCCAGCUAGAAGACCGGAGUCGUCCAUUCAGAAGCUUCUGAAAAACCCCAAAGUACCAUUCGCCGUCGCGUUGCUAUUCGCCGAUGCCGUCCUCGUUUUUCUCAUUAUCGCCUAUGUUCCAUAUACAAAGAUUGAUUGGGACGCUUAUAUGUCACAGGUUAGUGGAUUUCUUGGAGGAGAAAGGGAUUACAGCAAACUGAAAGGGGAUACGGGGCCUCUGGUAUAUCCAGCUGGCUUCCUUUAUAUAUACUCCGCGAUUCAGUACAUUACAGGAGGUGAAGUCUACCCUGCCCAGAUUUUGUUUGGCUUUCUCUAUGUUGUGAAUCUUGGACUGGUGCUAUUCAUUUAUUUGAAGACCGAUGUGCUUCCUUGGUGGGCUCUGUGCUUGCUUUCUAUGUCCAAAAGAGUGCAUUCCAUCUUUGUGCUUCGUUUGUUCAAUGACUGUUUUGCCACAACCCUGCUCCAUGCUGCAAUGGUUUUAUUUCUUUAUAAAAAAUGGCAUCUGGGUCUAAUUAUUUUCAGUGGAGCUGUUUCAGUUAAGAUGAAUGUGCUCCUUUAUGCACCUCCCUUAUUAAUCCUCUUGCUCAAGGCGAUGGAUAUUUUUGGGGUCAUAACUUCUUUAGCGGGUGCGGCACUGGUGCAGAUUCUAUUAGGACUACCCUUCAUAUUAUCACAUCCAAUGGCAUAUGUUUCAAGAGCCUUCAAUCUCGGUCGUGUCUUCAUCCAUUUUUGGUCUGUUAACUUUAAAUUUGUCCCAGAACCAGUUUUCAUCUCUAGGGGAUUUGCGCUGUUUCUAUUGGCUGCACAUCUCAUUCUUCUUGCUAUCUUUGCUCAUUAUAGAUGGUGCAGGCAUGAAGGAGGAAUGUUUUCUCUCUUGCAUUCUAGACUUGUCCAAUUGAAGCUCAAGAUAGGCUAUUUGAGUUCUUUUCCGCUAAAACAGUUCAAUAAUUUCAACUCGAAUUUCAGGAUUCUUACAACAGAGCAUAUUGUUACAACUAUGUUCAUCGGGAACUUCAUUGGCAUUGUAUGUGCUCGGUCUCUGCAUUAUCAGUUUUAUUCUUGGUAUUUCUAUAGCCUACCAUAUUUACUGUGGCGAACCCCAUUUCCUGUAUGGCUACGUCUAAUCUUAUUUGCAGCAGUGGAAAUCUGUUGGAAUAUAUACCCUUCGAAUAUUUAUUCCUCGCUGCUGCUACUUGCUGCCCACUUAACUAUAUUAAGAGGUCUCUGGAGUGCACAACCAGAUUAUCCAUACACCGACAAUAAAUCAGCAAAUUUCAGAAAGGACAGCUGAAGACUGGAAAUUUUGGCUUAUACUGAUGAAAUUUUUGUGUUCUAGUCAAGCUUAUGGUUGUAUAUGAAAAGGAAAUUUUCUUUUCAAAAGCUACUCAUAGAGUUGUCAAUACCGAAGCUCAACGCCAAAAAACCUAUUUUGAGCCCACGUAAAUUGUGUCACGCUUUCUGGUGCCCUUCUUUUGUUGUAUGUUGAGUGAAACAUGCAGAAAGUCAAAAGCAUUGGUGGUUGUCAAGACAGAUUGUCCUAAGUCCUAACUUCUGUUUCUUCCAUUUUUCCUUCCACCAUCAGUUAGUUGCCUGAUGUAAUCCUUCCGCUGGCUUUUCCCAUCGGCCGCUGCUGUAUGUUACCUGUGUUCUUUA